AUAAAUAUUUUUUUUGCUGGCAACAUAAUUUUAAGAUCCGGUAGCCAUAUUGUUUUAAAAAGUUAUCCUUUUCCGUUUUGUUGUCGUGAAAAAUGACGGGCUUUAGCAAUAAGGCCAUAGUGAUCGAUGGCCGCGGGCAUCUGCUCGGCCGCCUGGCCGCAGUCAUCGCUAAAGUCUUGCUGGAAGGAAACAAAGUUGUUGUUGUUCGUUGCGAACAGAUCAAUAUUUCCGGCAACUUCUUCAGGAACAAAUUGAAGUUCAUGUCAUUCCUGCGCAAGAGAUGCAAUGUGAACCCUGCUCGUGGACCUUUCCACUUCAGAGCACCAUCCAAAAUCCUCUGGAAGACAGUCCGAGGCAUGAUCCCACACAAGACUGAGCGUGGGAAGAGCGCGCUGAGAAGGCUCCGCGCGUACGAUGGUUGUCCUCCGCCUUACGACAACCGCCGUCGCGUCGUUGUCCCCGCCGCUCUGCGCGUCUUCUGCCUAAAGCCCGGCCGCAAGUACUGUCACGUCGGCCGCCUGUCGCAUGAAGUCGGCUGGAAGUACCGCGAGGUAGUCCGCAAGCUUGAGGACAAGAGGAAAGUCAAGGCUGUUAAGAGGGUCGCCUACGAGAGGAAACUCAAGAAAAUCACCAAGGAUGCCGGCGAAAAGGUGGUGAAAGCGACGGCGCCAUUCACAUCUGUCAUCCAAUCCUACGGAUACAACUAGGAUUAAGAAAUUAUACAAAAAUAAACCUUAUGGUUGACCAA